CAUGCAGCAUGACCAGUGCCACUCUUCAGCCUGGUUCACCGGGCUCACCGAAAACAUUUCAUUCCAUUCUGCUUCUCUCAUAGUGUAAGUCCAAUACAAUGGUUCGUUUCCCAACUGUACAUGAAUACAAUCCAUCUUGGUGAGUGAAUAUGAUAAUAGAUGUUCCGUGGUACGGAAGAUACCGCGAGGUCCGAUAAGUGUUAAGCAGUCAAGGCUGUGAGGAGCAAGGCUGAAGAUUAUGUCGUAUGGCGUGUAAGAUUUGCAUGAAGGACGAUCCGGUCGGACGUAUAAGAACACGAUGUUGCAUAUUGCGAUGAUGACUGAUAACGCACCAUGUAUUGCGUCCCGCUCCACCCAUCUUUGCCUUGUCGACAAGGAAAGAACAAUUUCGCCUUCUUAGCCACCAGAAUGUAAUCCUAGCCGGGGUAGUAUUUGGGGCUCUUGUGAUACAUGAAGUUUCGAGCUUAAGAGCAGCACACAAGACAUGAUGAAUCCCAGCCUCGUCUGCGUUACCUAUUGAUUCAUCUCUGUUAAACUUUUACGUGCACUACGACACGCUACGUGCGACGUGGUUGCAUUGAACUCUGUUGUGCCACCAAAAAGUCCAAUUGAUCGCGAGGAUCGAUCCUUGGUCGUGUAAUGCGACACGCUUCCAUAAUAUACGCCCGAUAAGAUCGUCGCCAAUCAGAGAAGCUUGUUCACAAGCUGAGUUUGAUCCUAUGAGUCAACGAGCUCGGCAUAUCGAGGUCAAGGAUAAGCUGCUGGGAGAAAUCGAAACCAGGAAGCAAGCCAAUAACUUGCCUGUGCGAGGAGGAUUUAUAUCCCGAGGCUUCCUAAACGAUGUUCUAACUUCGAGCGCAAUACGAGAAUUAUUGCAGGAAGACUACCCGGGCACUGCACUCGAUGACGCGAAAUUUGAACUGCUGCACAAAGCGAUAUCCACAAAUCUCAAGAAGACAUACGCGCUGCUUUUACUGCUCGAUGCAGGCCAUCAUAUUCUAGACCUUUACGAUUAUCGCAGCAACGCUUUGAGCGACGAGAAUCUAUUCGACUCGCCUUCGAUAUACUCGGGUGUUUCUCCAAGAUUUGGUUUCCCCCGGGACGAGGAAUACAUCUCUAAGGAAUUGAGCGAGUCACUCAUCAAGCAGCAGUGGGUUGUACCCCCGCCGCUCACCAAUGCUAUUCAUCAGCGCUUUCCCGUCGAAGACUUCCGUUUUCCAUUCGAUGAACAACCCCAGCAUUUCAAAUCAGGAGCAUACGGUAUCAUUUGCCGAGUGAAGAUUUCGCAUGGUCAACUCGAAUUUCCAGAGGAUUUUGAUCAGAAAACACCUCUCGCGAUGAAGACUGUAUGGAAAGAGGGAAGUAGUAGGAUGAGCCAUAAGAGAUUGAUGAAUGAAGUCAAUACGCUUCGCGCCCGCAAACACAGGAAUAUCAUGUCUCUGAUUGCGAGCUUCACAGCCGGUGACUUCCAGGCGCAGAAUGAGAAAGAGCGCUCCGAGUGUAUCUACUUGAUCAUGCCGCUUGCAGAAGGCAACCUGCAGGAUUGGAUCGAGUACGAGUCUAUCGAUCUUCUGGACAACCAUAGCCGAGGAGAAUACAUUUCUAAUCUGAUGCUAGACAUUGCCUCUGGAGUAGCAUUCGUUCACAGUAAGGAUAAGGAGUCCAGAAUUGGUUUCCAUCAUGACAUUAAACCAUCCAAUAUCGUGCGCUACAGAGAGUACGAUGCGGAGGUCUGGAAGUUAUGUGAUUUUGGGGGCGCGAACUUGAAAGAUCUUCGGAUAGAAGAGACUAAUACCUCAUUUCAAAUGGCAACUCAUCGAUAUGCUCCUCUAGAGUACUAUGAUGAGAAGAAAAGAGGCCGUCCUGCGGAUGUUUGGUCUCUUGGCUGCGUCCUCCUGGAGCUAGUAACGAUCUGGAAGUAUGGAUGGGGCCAAAACGGUUAUACGGAAUUGAAGAGACACAUUGAUGGCGAUCUCAAUGAUUCGAGUGGGAUUUCAGCUGGAUCUAAAGACGUAACGAUAGAAGAAGGCCGAAAACAUGCCAACUACUGCGACAACAAAUCUAAAAUCGACCAGUGGAUACAGCGCCUCGGGAAUGACAACAACGACACGAAGAGAUUUGGGGAAGUCCUUGAUUUACUCCAAGAAUUACUCCAAGAGAGACCAGAGCAUAGAAUUCUUGCUUGGGAAGUCGAGAUCGAACUUUUCAUAAUAAUGAGGAGAUCUGAGCCUUCGCAACCUUGGGAUAGCGUGAUACAACGCCUGGAACAGAUUGCGCAGCCCUCAAAUCAACAUAGUAACGCGAUAAUGCCACGCCACAACCCUCUCUUACGCGCGAGAAAGAAGAACAGACCGAUAAAUUUUCUUGCAGUAAUAGAGAGAAAGGAUUGGUCGGACAAAUAUCCUGGGUCAACGGACGAAGCAAGGAGACAGUCCAACGAAAUAGUCAAGUGGUACUCAAACCUUGAGUUACAGGGGAAUAGUGAGGAGUCGUACGGACGCCAUACAGAAAACGCUUGGAUUGAGACAGAGUUCAGUAAGGCCUCUUGCAUUGGAUUGUAUGGUGUAUACGGUGUUGGAAAAUCUCAUCUUGCAUUUCAUUAUGCACACCAAUUCAACAUCACCACCGAGAUUCAGGCCAAGAAGCAUACUUUUUGGAUAAACGCAGAAAGUAUGCGCACCGUGGAAACGUCAUAUGAAGAUAUCGCCAGCAACAUACCUUUGGACAGACGUUUCUCAAACCGUAUGGAACUUUUCGAAGAUGUCAAAGGCUGGUUUGAGAACAGGAAUACGGGACCGUGGAUUAUUGUCGUUGACGGCCUAAAUUCGACCGAAAUGGAGAGUGAUAUAAUGAAGCUUCUUCCGGGAACAAGUCAUGGGCAAGUUCUAGUGACUGCACGGACUCGGGAGACGAUGUCAACCAUAUGUAAGGGUGCUUGUCUAGAGAUAAAGCCCCCGGCACUAGACGCAUCCUACAACAUCUUCCAAUACUACCUAGAGCCCGCCUACAACGACGAAGACCUUGAAGGAACUAGUGAACUUUUGGAAACACUGUGGCUUCCUCUCGUGGUUAAAAUGGCAGCCACUUACAUGAACAAAAAGAGGAAGCCAAUCAGAAGCAUGCGACAAGAUCUAGAGGUCUACCGAUUCCAACAAAUUGCUGAGUUUUCGCACUCAGAACGCGUAAACUUCAUGGAAUACUUUCUGCAACCAUUGACACAGCAGGAGAAACACUCGCCAGAAGUUAAGUUGCUUUGCUUCCUGGCUUGUCUCAGUAAAGAAAGAAUUGGUCUCAAGCUGGUACAAGCGAACUACGAGCCUGACGAGCAUCCAAGUCUAGAUGGAAAUCUUUCGAGCCUAGUAAAUGGUGCGUUUAUUGAGAAGUUCAACGAAGAUUCGUUCCGGAUGCAGAAUUUCGUGCAAGAAGCUGUUAUUGCAUGGAUCCGGGAGAAGCAGACCGAGCAAGGUCUUUUCGAGCUGCUGUCAGCUGUUUUGGGUACAAUAUAUGUGCGAUACAAAGAAAAAAAGAGGGCUCAUGAUCUUGACUCGACAGCUAUUUCUCGGCACGGACUAUCAUAUGGAUUGAAGUUACCCUUCAUGGAACACUUUGCCCGGUUCAUGGAGUUUAAGCGUACAGCAAAGAGGGAAAAAUUGCUGGAGUUCAAGUUUCAUGAAAGAGCCAUCGAGUGUAUCGAGUCAUUUUCACAUGUGUUCGUUGACGAGGGCCGACUCAACGAAGCUAUCGAAGUGCUCGAGUUUGCUCUCGAAUACGCAGAACUUCCACAUAGGAGUGAGAGAACGAGCGCCAUGAGCGAAGAAAAAACAAGUUCUGUCAUCCCCAACAGUAACCAUUUGCAGGAAAAGUUGGUGCAAUUUAAGACAGAGAAAACACUGGCGGAGGCGUAUUCACGAAGGGGAGAGGGAGAAGAUUAUCGUCGUGCGCGCAUGCUACUCAAAGGCCAACUACGAUAUCUGGAAGAAAUUGAUCGAAACAAUCUUGCGACGGGCAGGGUGAAGUGUAAGAAAAUGAUAUGGAAUCUCCAAAUUGAUCUCGUAGAUUUCUACUGGAAAUUUGGCCGUCUUGCGAAGGCCAGGAAACAGUUAAGAUCUCUCCAUUUCUUGGAAGUCAAGGUUGGUCAAGAGUCUAUUGCAUUUGGCAGUCCAGGGGAGCUGCGCAUAUUCAAAAACGCGAACGAAAGCGAGAGAAAAAAGAUUCAGUAUAUGAGUAUUCGCUACCUCCAGUUUCAAGGGCUACUGCUUGCAGCCACUGGUAGAGCUUAUGCUGCAAGCAAGUGGCCGCUUCUUUACUGGCAGGCUAAUCAUAAGCUGGCAGCGGCCAGAAGAAAACUCGCAAGAGCCGCGGAAACCUUGAAACAAUGGCUACCAGACGAAGAGGCAUACCUGAUGGAUAUCGAGAAUAGUAUUUCAGACGUGGACCUGGAGUUGGGGACAAUGCCUGGAUCGCCUCAUAUGGAAAAAUGUCUGUCACACGCCGAACGUGUCCUAGAGCGUCAUGUCACGAUCCUACGGCGUUCAUCGAGUGAGUAUAGGGCUUGGAAAGCGGAACGCAAAUUGGCCGAAGUGCGCAUUCAUCGAGGAUCAGGCAAUGUUCAGAAUAUAGUCAGCAGCCUUGAGAGUAUUAUGACUGCCUACCAAACUCGGCCGGCUUCGUAUAGCACAGAGACUUCGAAUUGCGCUCGUAUAUUGGCGAUUGCGUACGAAAAGCAAGGGCAACACGAUCAGGCCCGAAAACUGCGUGAAGAGCACGGCCUGCUCCCGACAGAUGAAAGAGAGAAACCAUCACGGGGUUUCAUUCCGGAUGAUGUGUUCCUUAUGUUCAUUUCCCUUCUACUCUUUCUGAACAUAAUUAUAGCCAUCUGCCUCGGGGUCACGGCUGCGGUAACAUUUCAGGUGUUUCUUAUUUCUUUGUUGUUAUUUCGUUUCCCACACCACGGGAAUAAAUUGAUGAGUCUAUGA